GUCACAUGACUUUUGCCAACAUGGCCGCUGCCUGUAGCUCAGUAGUAACGACUCGAGUGUUUUGUAAGUGAGUCUGAAUGACAGCAGGCUGCGAGCGACAUCCCGAGCAAGAAGACUGUUAACUUAUCUUUUUCACCAUGAGCAAGGACGAGCUUAUUCUACCCAAAGACUUCCCGCAGCUGAAGAACGACACGUUCCUGCGGGCAGCACGGGGAGAACAGACCCAGCAUGUCCCUGUGUGGUGCAUGAGACAGGCUGGCCGCUACCUUCCAGAGUUCCGGGAGUUCCGGGCAGGGAAGGACUUCUUCGAUACAUGCCGCUCACCAGAGGCCUGCUGUGAACUCACUCUUCAGCCUCUCAGACGUUUUGACUUUGAUGCGUCCAUCAUCUUCUCAGACAUCCUGGUUGUACCGCAGGCCAUGGGGAUGGAGGUGCAGAUGGUGCCCGGGAAGGGCCCCACCUUCCCGGAUCCCCUGAAAGACCCAGAGGACCUCCAGCGGCUGAAGACCAAGGUGGACGUCCAGAAGGAGCUGGACUACGUCUUCAAGGCCAUCACCCUGACCCGACACAAGAUCGAGGGGAAGGUGCCGCUCAUCGGAUUCACUGGAGCACCGUGGACCCUGAUGUCCUACAUGAUCGAAGGCUCGGGCUCAAAGACCUUCUCCAAGGUCAAAAGCUGGCUCUACCGCUACCCAGAGGUCAGCCACAUGCUGCUCAAGAGGCUCACCGACGUCAUCGUGGACUACCUUCUGUGCCAGGUGGCCGCGGGCGCACAGGCCCUGCAGGUGUUUGAGAGCCACGCUGGGAUCCUGGGGCCCGUGGAGUUCAAGGCUUUCUGCCUGCCCUACCUGAGGGACAUCGCCAGCAGGGUGAAGGACCAGCUGAAGGAGACGGGGCAGGACGUACCCAUGAUUGUGUUUGCUAAAGAUGCUCACUACGGCCUGGAGGACUUGUCCCAGUCCUACUAUGACGUCGUUAGUCUGGACUGGACCAUUGACCCGCGGUUGGCACGCGAGCAGACCGGAGGAAAGGUUAGCCUACAGGGCAACAUGGAUCCCUGUGCGCUCUAUGCUCCCAAGGAGCGUAUCUCUGAGAUCGUCAAGACGAUGCUGGAGGGCUUCGGGACCCAGCGUUACAUCGCCAACCUGGGCCACGGCAUGUACCCGGACAUGGACCCCGAGAGCGUGGCCGCCUUCGUGGAGGCCGUGCACAAGCACUCGCGGCAGAUGAACAAGCAGCAGUGACGGCGUUGGAUGUGAUGAUCACAUGUGGACGUAACGACCGCGGGUCACAUGGCGGAAGCGCGUGUGUCGCUACUGCAAAGGGAGCGGAAGGAUUGCAAGAAGCUGUGAUGUUUAUACCGCAGGGCGUAUAUUGUAUCAGUAAAAAACACCAAAUGCGACUAACAUGUGAUGUACUUGCAAUAGUUUGAGGCUAUGGCUUAGAUCGUUUUUUUUUUUCGUAUUGUCAAGAUAAAAGGUCAAACAGACCAUGGACACCGGGAUUGUAAUCCAGCCUGUUGUUCCACAGACGGGAAACUCGCACUUUGUGUGACCCAGCUCUAAUAAAAUAAAAUACACUGAUUCAGAA